CCCAAAAUGCUGAAGCAGCAGCAGACAACCCUUGAGAGGUGGGGAUCUGGCAGGGAUCUGCUUCUUCUGGCAGCCUGCGUACACCCUCGCUUCAAACUAGAUCGACUGGAAUCGUGUCAGGCCACCACCCAUACCAACAAAUACACAAUGGAAGCCUUGUUGAAAGCUGAAAUAAAGAUGGGUGUACUUAAUGAGGACAGUGAUCAGUCUUCAGAUAAAGACCAGGAAGGAGAUGACUUAGAAGAUGACUUCUUUAACUUUCUGCCCCAGGGCAAGAAGUCACCAGUGGACACUGCUGAGGAGGAACUGGUGAGGUACCUGAGGUCUCCCAGCAGGGAAGUGUCAUCACUCCAUGGCUUUCCACGUGUGCUGCGGUGUUUUUUGCAGCACAACACAGGCAUGCCUUCAAUUGCAGGCAAGGACAUCCUAUUUCCAGUGAGGGAAAUGAGAACACCCCAUGCAGCAAUUGUGAGGGUCUUUCUAGGAAGGAAACGUUGGGACAGUUCUGAAGAUGUAAUUGAUGGCUGCCACGUAGAUCUUCUUGGAGAAACUGCACCUGCCACCCUGCUGGAUGAGUGCGAUCCACGGUGUACCUACAAUGGUGAUGGCGGCCAGGAUGCUGAAGCUGGUGAGUGGGUUGAUGUUGAUCUUGAUGUUGAUGAUGUUGAUGAUGUUGUUGGCCAGGCCGGUGGACACGAUCGCUCUUGA